ACCGUUUUCAUUGGUCCACAAGUCAGGUGAAGUGAAUGUCUCCUUCCUCUUUCCAAUCAUUCAUUCAUUCAUUAAUCGAAGAAAUUGACCGGUGGACAUGAACCAGCGUUAAACCUCAUAUUAAGGUGUGUUGUCCCUGCUCUUUGCGUGUCUCUCAGGGACUCGCUGCCUGCUCUCCGUCUGUGGCCUCCUUUGUGCGACAACUUUUGCACUCACUAAAUUCAAGAACCAUGGCCCAGCAACAGCAGAUAAGUCUACCAGCCAAACUGAUCAAUGGAGGGAUUGCAGGCAUGGUAGGAGUAACCUGUGUGUUCCCUAUUGACUUGGCCAAGACCCGCCUGCAGAACCAGCGCAGUGGGCAGCAAAUCUACAAGAACAUGAUGGACUGCCUAGUGAAGACAGUUAAAUCUGAAGGGUACUUUGGCAUGUACAGAGGUGCUGCAGUAAAUCUAACCCUGGUAACCCCAGAGAAGGCCAUCAAACUAGCUGCUAAUGAUUUCUUUCGCCACAUGUUGAGCAAAGAUAGUGGCAAGCUGACGGUGGUCAAGGAGAUGUUGGCAGGAUGCUGUGCGGGAAUGUGUCAGGUCAUUGUCACCACGCCCAUGGAGAUGCUCAAGAUCCAGCUGCAGGAUGCAGGCAGGCUAGUGGCCCAGCAGAGAGUGAUGCCCACCGUUGUAACAACUCUGAAGAUGGGCGGGACCAAUGCUGUUCUUAGCCGUUCCUAUAACACCAGUCCCGGGCCUCAAGUCAUGCGAGUUUCUGCCAUACAGAUCACCAGAGAGCUGCUGAGGACCAAGGGUGUUACAGGACUGUACAGGGGUCUUGGGGCCACAUUGAUGAGGGACAUCCCAUUCUCUGUUGUGUACUUCCCUCUUUUUGCACAUGUGCACCAACUUGGCCAGCAUUUAUCUGAAGAGCCAUCUGUGCCUUUCUAUUGGUCCUUUAUGUCUGGCUGCUUGGCUGGAUCCAUUGCCGCUGUGGCUGUCAGUCCUUGUGAUGUGGUCAAGACAAGGCUCCAGUCACUCAAAAAAGGAGCUAAUGAAGAAACAUACAGUGGAGUGGUGGACUGCAUCGGGAAGAUCCUGAGAAAAGAGGGUCCCGGAGCUUUCCUCAAAGGAGCCAGUUGCCGGGCCCUGGUCAUAGCCCCACUCUUUGGCAUUGCACAGGUUGUGUACUUUGUAGGUGUUGGAGAGUUCUUGCUGGGGUACACUCCCUACAACAUCUGCUCUGCAUAAGAAAAAAAAAAAAAAAAAUCUGUUUCCAAGUUUUGCUGGUUCAUUAAAUUACAGCAUCUAUGCCCUGGGUGUAGCAAUGGAUCCAGCUCACUGUGUACCUUCUUUACCGUUGGAGGUUUUGCGUAAAAUGCUAAAGGACCAGAGAGAUACCAUCCAUUUUAAGAUGGUUUAAAAAUAUGCCUGAAGAUCUCUCUUUUUUUUAAGAGACUGAGAUUGAAGUUUACUUGUCUGUGUAUUUCAGUGGAUUUUAUUGAGAGUAAAGAAAACUUUCCUCACUUUUGCCUAGAACUCUUCUCCUGUGGCACCAGACUAUUCACUGUUUUCUUAGCUUCACUCCAUCAUCCGCCGUUCAGUGCAACACUAAUCUUAUCAUCCCUCUAACUGUCUCGGCACCUACUAGGUGAUGAUAUAAAUUUAAUGUUACAAAGAGACACAACUAUGUCAUAUUUUUUACUUCACUUGAUUAACUUAUAUCCUGUUUUAAGAGGAUACACAUAACAAUGAGGCAUAACCUCUUUCACAAGAGAAUUCCCAGAUUCUGUCUUUCAAAGAAGAUAGUUGUGAUGUGGAAAACUGAUUGCUCGAAAGGUCAUCUGCUCCCCCAGUCUCGCACCAUCUACACUGCUUUGUGAUUGAGAACACAACAAGUUAAUUUUUUGUUUUUAAGUGUGUACUGUGAAUCUCUUCUAUGGCAGCCUACACAACUCUAUUUGGUUUUUCAAAUGGAAGCUUGAACUCUAAAUAAAAAGCCCAACAAGGCCGUCUGCAGCUGACUUUAGAGAACCUCAUUUUUGUGGUAAAGGGAAUGUUUAAUGGUAAAGUUAUGAUGGAAAAUACUUUAUUGAUGAAUUCAUUAAGCAUUUGGGACCAAACCUGUAGAAAAAAAGGUGCUACAUGACCUACAUGUAGCCAUGUUCUCUUAGUCUGUUGUGGUUACCUAGUUGAUUUCUGGCUGUCAGAGAUACGUGAGCACACACAUAAUUAUCAUGUUAGGCAUUCAGAGGCUGUAAACAGUGCAAUGAUAAGCUGCUCUCUCUGUCUGCUGGACUUUUUCAUGGGUCAAAAUACUUUAAGCAAUUUUGCCAAUGUAAAUACACAUUAUUUAUUUAGUUUUCUUCAGUUUUCUGAAACUGUGCAAGUUCAAUCUAAAAUGACAGCAGUUUUAAAUUUGAAAGUGUUGAAAGUAUUUGACCCAGGUGAGAAAACAAUUGAUUUUUCAUGCUCAUUUGAGAACCAUGCAUGUAAAUGC